GCCAUCACAACCGAAGAAGAAAAUGCCCGUUGUUAGCUUGUUUGCCUCAAGCUAAGGUGUCGCGAAAAACAUAAACAAAACCCUAAUUUUAUGUGGAUCCGGUCAUUUUGGCAUUCAGCUAAGGUAAUAACUGCAGCAGGGUAUUGUGAGGCGUCCAGUGAGUAAGCCAGGUUGAGGUUUAUCGUGAAAGACGGCAGACGUGUUCACCUGAAAGAUCUUCAUAAACUUUACUCCGGAUUACAUCCUCGGGGAUUCAUAAUGUUCAUGAACUAAGCGAUAGACAGUUACACUUGAGAUUAAAAUCUAGCCCUGCACUUUAGAAUACAGUCAGGAUAUAUGUGUUCAUUUGUCCAGAAUGAAUCCUAAUAAUGUCUUUGGUAGACAGCAAGGUGCUUUCCAGACACCCAGUAAUGUCAGUCAGAGUAGUGGCCUGUUCCAGUCACUAUGUCAGCAGGGUGGCACGGCACCUAACAUUGGCUUUGGGCAGAAGACACCAUUUGGCCAACCUUCAGCUUUUAGCCAACCAUCAGUUUUUGCUCAAGGGUCUGCACAAACAUCUGUUUUUGGCCAAACAUCAUCAUUUGGUCAGUCAACCUCUUUUGGUCAAAGUGGUGGGUUAGGACAGUCGUCUUCGUUCUCCUCCACUUCUCAAGCACCGGCUUUCGGACAGCCAGCUUUGAGUCAGACAACACUUGGAUUUGGAGCACCUCCUUCUUCAACUGGACAGAGUCAGACUCCAGCAUUUGGUCAAGUGCAGGCAUUUGGCCAGACUUCUGGAUUCGGUCAGACUGCUGGAUUUGGACAAACCACAUCUGGAUUUGGCAUUUCCUCCAGUAACUCGCAACUGCCUAGUAAUUCCAUCAGCACCGGAGGAUCUCAGCCAUCUUUUGGACAGCCAUCUGCAUUUGCUACCACCAGCUCUGCUGUUAGUGGUCAGAGCAACACACAGACUAGUGCGUAUGGGACAAAAUUUAACUUUAAGCCUCCAAAUGAAAAUGUCUUCAAACCUAUAUUUAGUGUGAGUCCAGUACCUCCCAGUGUCCAACCUGUUCCAGCUCCUCAGCCUUUUGGUGUAUCUAAGCCAGUCACAUGUGGUUCAGACAGCAGUAAUUCUGGUAGUUCUGGUGUUUCUAUUUUCACCAGUGUAAAACCAAGCACUCUAGGGUUCAGUUUCUCCCAGCCCGGAGCAGUACCUUCUGCCUCGGUUACAAGUGCUAACAUGCCUCAGAGUACAGGUGGCAUGACUGGUGCAAACACUCUCCAGUUCACAUUUUCUCAACCUGCCAAUCCCUCAGGCAGCAGCAGCAUUGCCACUGCUGCUCAAUCCACCAGCAUUUCCAGCAGUCCUGCAUUUAGUUUCUCUGCAAAAGUUGUUCAGCCCCAGACAGUUUUUGGCCAACCUUCAUUUGCGUUUAGUGGUUCAAAGCCUGAAGAGAGUCCAGAAAUGAGAAAUGAAGAGAGCUCAGCAGAUGCAGCUCUUGGAAGUCUUGGGAAGGGCAUAAAACGUAAAGAAGAGCCCAAUGAUCCGAAUGCUAGUCAGGUCAAAAGUUCCAAAGUUGAGGAUGUGCAAGGUGAAUCUGUAGGCCCUAGACAUCCAUCCAAGCGGCCCAUUAAUAGAAGUAGAGGAGCUGCAGGUGGACUGUUUAAGAAUGCACUGAGUGGACUAAUGAGGGCAUCAGUCAACAAGAAAGAAGAGCGAACCAUUGACAGGGCUGCUGUGGAGAGACCAGAUCCCCCAGUUCCAGAUGUGGAUGUUCCACUUACUCCACCCAGACCUCUGGCUCCCAUAAGACAUGUUCUGGAAAAAGGAGAGAAGCCAGCUUCUGAGCCUGAAGUAGCGACAAGUACCCCAUCUCGAAGAGCUGAACGUGGGGAGAGCACUGAUAGCCUGUCUAGUCUCUCUCCUUCUGAAUUCACUGUCAUACAGUGCAAGGGAAUCCCACCCAACCUCAACAAGAAAGACCUAGUCAAAAAACAUUUUGGCCGCUUCGGGAAAAUGCAACGAGUGUUCUGCAGACCUGAAAAAAAUCUUGUCAUUGUCCAUUACUAUGAUCAUGCAUCUGCAUCAAUGGCAAAAAAGAAGGGGAAGAUUUUCCAGGGGACUGAAAUCCAGAUAUUUUGGCAAAGAAAGAAACAAAACCCGGGCACAAAAAAGAGAGAGCAACCUUCAGAGGUCACGGACGUGGUUAGUGCAGGAGAUGUGUCAAGGCCAGAGAGCUCUCAGCUUACCACAUUGAGAAAGCCAGUUCCCAGACCUCCUGCUGUCAGCACUACACUUGUUAAGGGAUCUCCUGUCAAGAAAUCCUCUGUAGCUAAAACCCUCCAGUUUGAUAGUGACCCCCAACAGGAUGUGGGCUCAGAAGGUCAGAGUACAGAUCGACCAGUGAUCAUCAUGCCAUCAGCGCUUCAGCCUCUGAUUGGUCAAAUAGCUGAAACAGCAGAAGAAAAGUACCGCCUUCUUGAGCAGAGAGACAAGAUUCUUCGCCAGUUGAGGUCAAAGAGAACUGACUUGGACAUGUCCAAAGUGUUCGUGGGCACAUGUCCGGAUAUGUGCCCAGAGAAGGAGCGCUACAUGAGAGAAACUCGUAACCAACUCAGCGUUUUUGAACUUGUUCCUGAUACAGAAAAGGUGGACCACUCUGCUGCCAUUAAAGAAUACAGCAGGUCAUCUGCUGACCAGGAGGAGCCUCUCCCGCAUGAGCUACGGCCUCUGCCAGUGCUUACCAUGACAAUGCACUAUCUGGUCACUCAGAUAAUGGACCAGGGCGAGGGUAACUACCGAGAUUGGUACGAUUUUGUCUGGAACAGAACCAGAGGAAUUCGCAAGGAUAUUACACAGCAGCACCUCUGUGACCCGAUGACUGUAUCUCUAAUAGAGAAAUGCGCUCGCUUCCACAUCCACUGUGCUCACCAUCUCUGCCAGGAACCUAUGAUGUCCUUCGAUGCAAAAAUUAAUAAUGAGAACAUGACAAAGUGCCUCCAGAGUUUGAAAGAGAUGUACCAGGACCUGGCUACCAAAAAUGUGUACUGCCCCAAUGAGGCAGAGUUUCGCCAGUACAGUGUUCUGCUCAAACUCAAUGAUGGUGAUAUUCUUCGUGAGGUUCAGCAAUUUCGCAAAGAGGUCCGGGAUUCUGUGGAGGUGAAGUUUGCAGUCCAAGCUUUUGCAGCCCAUAACAGCAACAACUUUGUCAGAUUCUUCAAACUGGUGAAAGCAGCAUCCUAUCUUUCUGGUUGCAUUCUCCACAGAUACUUUAACCAAGUAAGAUGUGCUGCACUGAAAGCCUUGAAUAUAGCCUACACAGUGGGUUCUCAGAGGUCCACCACUUUCCCUGUGGAGGACUUGGUCCGAAUGCUUAUGUUUCGCAAUGCUUCUGAAGCCACAGACUUUCUGCAGCUUUAUGGGCUUAACGUUGCUGAUGGCAUGGUUGAGCUGAGCCGUACUGCCUACCAGGAGCCGGAUUUACCCAUUCCUCCUAAGAGGUCAGUUGACAUUGAGAAGAAGAAGAGUGUGCUGGUUGGGGAGAUUGUGAAUGGAGGCCCACUGCCCAAUCCACCACAGCACACACCAGUCUGCAGCUUUGACUCAAGCAAUAAAUACAGGGGAGAUUUAGCUUCCUUGGAGUCAUUGCCUGCUGCCCAAAAAGUAAAACCCCUGGUUGAACUGGAUCCAAGACCUCAGCUCAAACCCAAAUUGCUGUCAGAGCCAAGGUUGUUUAUGGAGACCCCUGCAGCAGUGGACGUAGCCCAGCAUGAAGACACACAGGAGACUGGAGAGUCCGCACAACAUAUUGUACCAGUGCUCCCAGUAAACCCCCAGCUCAUGUUCCAGCCCAUUGCUCAACCUAUUGCUCAGCCCCAGCCUGUCAAACCUCCCUCUCCAAAGAGAGAACCAGCCUACUCAGACCAGGAUUUAAUGGCUGAAGUGGAGUCUGUGGUGGAGGAGGUCUUGACGGAUGAAGUCUUAGACAUAGCUAAAGCUGGGGCUCAGUACGUCUCUGCAGCUCUCAGUGUGAGUGAGAGUGAGGUUCAGACAAUCAUCAGUGACAUUGUGGCUCAGAUGCUCAGAGAAGUGUCUACAUCAGAGAUCAAGGCUGAGACGGAGCGAAUCGCUGAGGAGAAACGCAAGCUGGAGGAAGACAGGAGGAGAAAGGAACGAGAGGCUUUCCUGGACAAGCUGAGCUCAGAGCUGUGUGCUGAAAUCAGCGAGGAGGUCCUUGCCCACUGCACCCGGGAAAUGGCUGAUAUGGAAAUAAAACUUGCACUGAAGGAGAAGGCUGCAUGUGUUGCUCGAUGCACAGAGGAGGUGUGUAACAGCUUAGUGGAGGAGACACUGGAUAAGGAGAUUGAAUGCCUGGUCAGAGAGGUGGUGAAUGCACAGUUACGGCAGAUACGCAAGUUUAUUAAGAGGUGGCGUGAUGUGGUAGCAGUACGUAGACAGUUGAAGAGGCAGAUGCGUGGAUUCCCAGCAGCCCCAUGCUGUGUUGAUCCUCGUUUCAAGCUGAAAGCUUUGGUCCCAAGUGCUCCAUCCUUCCCAUCUAUGGACACACUUGCUCGAGGUCUCAUCAACCUGGGCAAUGCAGGAAACAUGGUAGUGUCCUGCACAAGGUUACUAAAAACGAGGAAUGACACCAUUCGCCAAAUGCGAGUAGAAUACUAUUACAGUUUGCUUUUAAGUGAGCGUGUGUGGUCUCCUCUCGACCUGCCGACUCUGGUGGCUGAAAGCACCCCUAAUCCACCUGACCGAAUCUUCUGGAAAGCCACUCUUCUGUUACCCAGUGACCAGGACAGUAACAUGAGCAGCACACUGACCAAAUGGCUGGAAGUUAAGCUUGGUGGUGGAGAGAGGCUAGAAGAAGGCAUGGAAGACUCAGAAGGGCAACUCAAAACUCUGGUCAUCAGUAACAGCUUGAGAGAUGUUGAACAAAAGACCCACAAAGUUCACAUCUGCAUAAAGGUAAGCCAUGGGCCUCUGAGCGAGGAGGGGCAGAGCCUGCUGGAGGAGCAGAAUCAGCUCCUUGGUACCAGCUCCCUGAUGAUGCUACUGCCCCCUCUACCCUGCACUGGGCUUGAUGAGGAGGACGUACCCCUUCUCUCUGCCCUCCUCCAGCUAAAGCAGGUUCAGCAGGCCAGCGGUUGGCACACUGCACUGCCCCUGGUACUGCUCAUACCUGACCAGCUUGAAGGAGCAGUUAGUGACCAGAAGUUAGAAGAAGUACUUAUGUUGAAGACAUUAGUUCAAGAUGGGCUUAUAUCAGAAUACAUCUUUAUCCAUCUCUCGGGGAGCGUGACUGAUCUGCAAGGAUCCAAGCAGCUUAGUGAAGCAGUGCGCUGGCUGAUUGCUCACUCUCCAGCCUCUACAGUCCUCUCCUCUCAGCCUCUGCUCCAGUUUGUAGAAGGAGGGUUGUGUCGCGAAUUUCACAGCAGGUUCCUUCAUGACAAGCAGGAGAGGGUACAGGCAGCUCUGCCAUCCCAGGAACCAGAGGUUGUCAUCCAACUAUAUAACAGCGUGCUAGUCUAUCUGGCAGAUGUGGUCAGCUCCGAGAGGCUCAUUGGAAUCUCCUGGCCCCCACCCGAAUUCUCUUUGCCUGAGAACAGAAAGCUUGUGCCACAUCUAGACUGGAAUUCCCCACAGCACCUGGACUGGAUGAAAAGAGCAAUACUCAGCCUGCAGAUCCCCGAGUGGAAAUGUCCCCCUCAUAGUGCUCCAUGGCCCCAUUUGUGCACAUCCAUAUUUGAGUAUGUGUCCCAGAUCCCCAGCUCUGUCCAAAGCCAGCCUCUCCUCAUGUCACAUCUAGAGCACCUGCUAGCAAGAGUACGUGCUCAACACCUGCAGCAGUGUGACAGGAUUUCCUCUAAUCACAUACCCUGGGAUGACAUUUUGAUCCUCUGCAUAGAACAUCGACUGAAAGAUUGGCACAUAGCAGAGAGUCCAGUAGCGGCAGAUGCUUUCACUGACAAAGGAGAGAUUUUGGUGUAUUAUUACAAAGAGCAGCUUAAAGGUUUUCUUCCUCCUGAGAGUUGGGUAGCGGCAGUGAAAAGCACUCACACGGAGAAAAGGCAGAACACAGUACGGUCCAAUCUGCGCUCCACACUCCCUCUGACCCCAGCACGGUUCCCCAGACAGAGACUGUUCCAGAGUCAGAUGGAGACAGAGGAAAAGCCGUCUGUUUUAGACAUCUCCCACACUCCUUCACCUCAGGAGCUGCUGCCCCAACGACUGCUCUCCGGCAUUCAACAAGAGAAGGCUCAAAGUCAGAGGUUUGAAGAACAGCUGCAGCAGUGGUUAGCUCUGGAACCUCUGGACUCUGUCUCCAUACCUCUGUUUGUGCCUUCCACACUGCUAUCCAUGCCUGAGAUUCUUGUUCCCAAACAGUGCCCCAGAGCAUCCGCUCCCUCCAGAAUACAGGAACCACAAACAGAAGACCCUGCUGAGGUGCCUUCCACUUACAGUAGAAGGGGAACUGUGUCUCUAACCCAACGACUGAAAGAGCUCAAUAGACUGGUAUUAGCAAACCGGGAAGAGGAGCUGGCCUGCAAUCUCAAACUAAACAGCCUACUGGAAAUUGUCGAAGACUGAUCAAAACUCUCCUGCUAUUUUUAUAACACUGGUUCUGCAUGAUUGGUCAAUAUUUGUUACAUACUGAUAACGUAUUGUGUUUGAAGGUUCUGUCAGGGUUUGAGAACGAUUGGAAGAUCUUUAUAAUACUAUAGAUCCUUAUAAUGCAAUGAAUUGAAAGUAUUAGACCCCCCCCCCCUUUUUCUUUCUUU